CAAAUACAAGGACUCAAUAUCCAUAACUCAAGCCGUGUUUAUAAUGGCAGGUCAGGAGAGAUCGCCCAUUGUAAAGCAUCCUCUUCGCGACUCUGUUUGCAGAGAUGGAGUACACAGUAAGAGUACCAAAGUCACUCAAAAAGAAGUACAAUGUGAUGCGAUUUCACACAGCCUUGGGGGUUGACUUCAAGACAUGGAAUCACACCAAGAUGGAGAGAGAGAACAACAUGAAGGAGUUCAAGAGCUUGGAUGAUGAGAUGCCCAAGUAUGGGGCCGGGUCAGAGUUCGGCCGUGACCAAAGGGAAGAGGCAAGGCGAAAGAAAUACGGUAUCCACAUGAAGAAAUACCGACCUGAAGAUCAGCCGUGGAUCCUUCAUGUUGGUGGUAAAAAUGGGAAAAAAUAUAAAGGAAUCAGAGAAGGUGGUGUCUCAGAGAACUCCUCCUGGUAUGUGUUUAUGCAGGGUAAAGAUGGGGCCUUUGAAGCCUACCCUGUUGAAGAGUGGUAUAAGUUCAGUCUUGUCCCUAGGUACAAGGCCCUCAAUGCAGAGGAAGCAGAAAAGGAGUUUGAAAGAACUGUAUCCUGUACAUAA